AUGGAUAGCUCCACAAAUCAAUCUGCCUUCCAAAACAUCAGAUCCAGUGAGCUCGAUGGCUUCAGAGCACGAAAGCGACCGUGUGUGCUCGACGUACUUAGGACAUAUAGUAUAAUUGGAGAAUUUGCAUUUGGACUUGACGAGGACAAUGUUACUCCUCCAAUGGCUUUAUCGUUUUGCAAGACAAGCAGAAAUGCGCAUAUACUUGCUGUCACCGGUGAGGAUGGCUAUGUUAGCUUAUACAAUACUCGAUUCAAAUAUUCUUGUUCAGCAACUGAAAAUGAAAAUGCAGAUAAAGCCAGGAUAUGUGAGUGGCUUGCUCAUGACAAUGCAAUCUUUGAUGUAUGUUGGAUUAAGGAUGAUACCAAUUUACUGACAGCUUGUGGUGAUCAUAGUAUAAAGUUAUGGGACAGCGAAGAAAGAAAAGAUCUUGCAGUACUGACUGGACACACUGGAAGUGUGAAAUCCAUCAGUGCCCACCCCUCUAAUUAUGAUAUGAUUGUAUCGGGUUCAAGAGAUGGUUCUUUUGCUUUAUGGGACUUACGGAGCUCUAAACGUAGGCGGAACCACUUUUCUACUUCGCCAGUAUCAGUUGUUCCUGGGGCUCAUAGUUCAAAUAAUAAAGCACGGGGUCGGCAUGGCAAGGCUGCUUCCAUGAGCAUUACAUCAGUUCUCUAUCUGAAAGAUGAGGUUUCCAUUGCUACUGCUGGAGCAGCAGACAGUGUUGUAAUGUUUUGGGAUACAAGAAACCUUACUGCUCCAGUUACUAAGGUCUGGUCUCAUGAUAACAGACCAAGGAAGUGGUCUAAAUAUCAGGUGAGAUCACAUGGCAUAUCUAGCUUGUCCCAGGAUUUAAACGGAGUAUAUAUUUCAGCUUCGUGCAUGGACAGCAGGAUAUAUCUCUACAAUGUACUUCGGCUUGAGGAUGGGCCUGUAAAGAGUUUCUCAGGAUGUGAUAUUAGUACAUUUUUUGUUAAAUCAUCAUUGAGUCCUGAUGCAGCCCAUAUACUUAGUGGUUCUAGUGACGGAAAUGCCUAUGUAUGGCAGGUGGAUAAACCUCAAGCAGAUCCUAUCAAGCUCAAUGGGCAUGGUGGAGAAGUAACCGCAGUAGAUUGGUGCUCAUCUGAGAUUGGUAAAAUAGCGACUACAGCCGAUGAUUCUGUGGUCCGGCUUUGGAACAUCAACACCAGUUGCUAUUCAAACACAAGAUCAACCUCAUCCAUUCGAAGGAGACUAUUUGCACUUCCGAAGACCGAUCGUACAAUGCUUUUCACAAACGAACCUGAACCCGACUCACCACUUGAACCAUUGGUCCAGAUAAGCUCUCCCAACCCAUCAUCAAAUCCCGAAAUGCGAACUCCUGAAUCCCUUGGGAAACAGUCAUCCAAAUCAUAUAUCCGUGAACCAUGUGACGGAUCACCAGAUGCUACGUUAGGCAGCCCGUCUUCUGUUCUGAAUCCGCCACCGUCUUUAAAAAGAAAAACCAUCUUAGAUUACUUUCUGGCUCCUUCAUAA